GACCUUGCAAGUAUCAACUUUGUAAAUUUGGUUCAAAACCGAUUGGUGUGUGAGUGUGGGUUCAUUUUUGUGGAUGGUUCUCUUUUCGUUCAAUGAUAAUAAGUGUUAAAAGUGGCCGUUAUCGUCCAUGGAAUCACCUGAGAAGCAAACUCCCAGGUCUAGCAAUGCAUUUAAAAACAAGCUUGGGCGAGGUCGAACCGCCUCACACGUCAAGAGGUCUGAUGAUAGGACGAGUCGUUCAAAGGCUAGUAGACGUACAUCUGUAGACUCAAGGAAAAAAAGUAAUCCUAAAUGUAGUAGAGGAAAAGCUUAUGCUAAGGUGAUUACUAUGUUUAAAUAUUCAGUGAUGUAUACACUACAAUCGCCUAGUAACUACAAUCAACUAAGCCAGUAUGUUUUUGUGUUUGCUGGAACAUUUAAUGGAACUCACUUAUUCAAACCAAAUCUCAACGUAGAAUCCCGAAUGGUCGUAUUGCUAGCCGUUCUGCUUUGUACAGGUUAAAAUGCAGAACUUCGCAGGCUGUGUAUGUUACUAAACGACCAUAUAGGCGUCGUAUUCCAGAUGUCAAUUCUCAGGCAAAUAAUUCAAAAGAUAUUUUACCACAAACUAACUCUGAGUUUGGUAUCAUUCCUACUGAUGAAAACCCAGUUGAGCAGGUUCAAUCGGUCAGCUGUUCCAACAGACCAACAGGUCUUAAACGAAAAUACACUCGACGCAAUUCAUCUUCAAGAUUUUCUUAUACUAAAAAACCUAAUGCUAGAAGUACACAGUCCAACUACACUAACUCAAUUGUUGAUUUUAAUAACUUGGUUAAAAAACAGGAAGCAUUUGUACGGGCUUUUGCUAUCCCAACACACUUGUAUAGAUAUCUUUCCCAUCGUCAUCGUGAUCGUCCAUUAUAUCUGGACCGUACUCUCAGCUACUUGAUGCCAAAUCCAUCUCGUAAACAGUCGUCUGGUUCACGCCGAAGCAUAAACAGGAUUGUAGAGCGUCUAAUUGAAAGACGAAAAGAUUGCGGACAGAACGAUGAAUUAAAGGAUUCCAGUAAGUACUUAGAAUCCAUUUCGUCUUCCUCUUCAACUACUCCUGGUGAAUUGCCUCAAGAAUUAGAACUCGUUUUUGAAGGCUUUUACGAUAGUGAAAAAGAAGUGGAUUGGGUCACCGUGGACGCUUCUGUUAAUGUUCAUUUACGCUUUGGAUGGGCAUGGCGCCGUAAAAUAUGUCCAGAUGAUACAAUUUUAAAUAUAACGCCAAAUCCAAUUCGGAUAAAUUGUUACAGUCAUUCAACUGGUUACACUUCCCUAGUUAACUCACCACCCACUUCUAAUAAUGAUAAUAGUAUUACUGCUACUACAAAUACUAUCCAUACCGCUUGUCGUUUCUCUUUAACCGAUCUAAUUAAUCAAGUUAAAUGGAAUACAUCUAGUGGUCGUUUAACAUCUGCUCAAUUGGAGUUACACGUUUCCGCCACUGAACGACGUUGGUUAAAACGUCCCGAUUUAAGUCACGGAGCAGUUAGUUUGAAUGGAAUUACUUCGAACAUUUCAAACAACUUAACAAAUCAUAUUGUUAAUCAUAUAAACCAUAACAAUAAUAGUAAUAAUAACCCAUCCCAAAAUUCGUCAAAAAGUGCUCAUACUGAUGGGAAAAACAACAAUAGCCAUGUAACAUUUAUCAAUAGUAAUCCAUUGCGUAAAGGUGGUUUAAGUUCAAGUUCCUAUCCAGUUCAAUAUGCUACAGCUCCAUUACCUUUGAUCGUAUCUUCGAUUGGUUUCGAUAGCCCCAAUACCGGUCGUCAACUGCUUCUGACUCCUGGUUUAUAUGAAUUACGCCUUGGUGUAGACACAUCCGACGGCAAUGGUAGUAAUGGUGGAGUGAUGAAUAAAGUUAUACCAUUAAAAUGUUUGGAUGACAAUGUAAGUGAAAAGUCAUAUGUUUCGGCUAACAACGACCAAGCAAGUGACACGUGCUCUAGUCAAGUUGAAUGGAGGCGCAUUCGGUUUCCUAAUUCUUCCACGGCACUAGAUGAGUAUUCUCGAUGGCCUCGUCUUCGAUUUUCUGUCAUAUGGCAUAAUAAAUCUGAAAAUAAUCAGAUCAUUUCACCUUGUAGAUCAAUGGAAACUCGAAGACAAGAUAAUACCCAUAUACAUGCGGAGGGUCGAUCCUCUCUUACACGUUCCAUGACAAAUUCUCAUAAUCGAGAUGUAAUCAAGUCGCAAAAUCAGUCUGCCACACCGCAUAAACAAAUAGUUUUGAAGGAGUCUUGCGAUUCUUCUGUAUUCAAAGAUUCAACCGGUUUAGAUAAAUGUCUUUCUAAUCGUGUACAACAAAGUCUCUCUGCUCAUUUUGGACCAGAUGUUAAUAAGCCCACGUCUACGAAGACGCCACACUUAAUUCAUCCAAUCACGUACGGUUUUGUAUUCGGGGGUAAUUUACAACAAUGGUCCCAGUCCACUGAUCUUAUUUGUCCGUGGUGCCACUUAGAUUGUGCUCGUGCUGGUGAUAAAGGUCCUGAAGCCUUGAUUCUUCAUCUUCGAACUUGUCAUCCAAGAUUUCGUCUCAAGGUUAUGUGGGAUUCAUCACAUACACAGUUAAGCCUACAAGUUUCAUUAAAUGAAGCAUAUGACGGUUCAAAUGAUUGUGGUAUACGUAGAUGGUGUCCGAGCGGUCGGAAUAUUUUCAUUUUACGACAUCAUGUCAUUCCAUCAUCUGGUCAGUUAGUCGGUAGUUGUGCUGCCCUAGGUAUAAAUAGUAAUACCAAGCAGUCAGGUAAUCAAGGUCGUCAUUCUAUUUCUCCAACUCUGAUUGAUGCCACUGUUCGAAUUCGUUGUCCUGUUCGACGAUUGCCGUACACACAUUUGAUAUUUUGGCGUGGUGCUGAAUUAUCAACUGAUCAGUUACUUGAUCCUACAUUAUCGGUACGACCUAUGGUCACUGGACAUAAUCGUAUUUAUUAUCAUACGCGUACAUCCCAGCCUGUUCGUGCUUGUGAAUUUGAUGUGGACUCUGAAGCGGAAGAUGCUCCAGUCUGGCUUCGUCAACAUUAUCAACGCAAAGUGGAGGAGUUCACCGAUGUGAAUCCGGGUGAAAAACAAAUUAUGCAAUUGUGGAAUGCUUUACUACUAUCAAUUCGUCCAUCCGGUUUAGUUGUUUGUGAUAGUCAAGUUUUAACAUUAGUCUGUCAAUUUAUACAUCAACAUAGUCGAUGGAUUCAUAGACGACGUCUACGUACUAAUCUAUUAUUACAUUUAGUAAAUCUUGUUGAUUAUGGCUUAUUGUCAUCUAGUCAAUUACGUCAAUUAAUGUUAAUUUAUGAUAAACAUGUAGAAGAAUUAAAUCCAAUCAACAAUACAUUGGUGAAUAAUAAUCACAUGGUUAAUACACAACCAUUAUCAUCUCCAUCAAAUGCUUCAACAACAUCUUUAUUACCCGACUCUAAAUUAGUUAAUCAUCAUAUUAAUAAGUCACAACCAAUUAUUCCGCGUCUUCUUCAGAUGUUCUCUUCAACAUCUAAUUCAUAGUGCAAAAAAAUGCAGUGCUGCUUACACUCUUGUUUCCCAAUUUGUAUACUCCUCCCCUCUAUGUAUGUAUGUAUGUGUCCGUGACAUUAAUUCUUAGAAAUUUUCGAGAGACGGAUGUGUGUGUGUAUGUGAAUCGAUGCAUUUUUUUUAUUUACAGAUGUUUCCGUAUAGGCCAAAUAAAUUGUUUUUUGGAUUUUUAAUUUUCUUUUUUUUACAAUGAAAUCACACAAAACAGUAAUUAUUCUCACACAAUAAGUAUGUCUGUGUGUACGUUUCUUCUCUUCUUAGAAGGAUGCUCAAUUUUUUCUCCACUUUUCAUCUUUCCUGUGUGUUUUGUGUAGUUAUUCAAUCGUGUAAAACCUCAACAUCAUUUUGAUUGUUUUGUAUUUUUACAAAAAAAUUUCUAGAUUUUACAAAUUCCCAGGGUCUACAUGUUUGUCUAUAAACUUACGUACGUACAACUAUAUGUAAUUAUUAACGAUAAUGUGAUCGUUUUAAUUUUACAAGCUAUUUGUAUUUCUGUAGUGUGUACAAGUGUUCCUUCCACUCCCCCUUCAUUGUUGAUCGUUUAUUGAAUAUCACUUUUUCCAUUCAACAACUAUCCUCAGGGGACGUUCAUCUGCUUAGUUCCUGGUAGUGUUUUUGGUCCCUUCUGCUCUUUCAUUAUAAUAUAUAUGUGUGUGCUUUCUAUUCAACUAUAAUCUAUCUUUUGUAGCCUGUUCGUGUGCAUGUAUAUACAUACGUAUGUGUCAUGCAUAUUAUUUCGUCAAUUGUAAUAACAAAACCCUAAAAGUCUGUGCCUUCAUAUUGAUGAUGAAUUUCUAAAAAAAUGAUGAAGAGCAGUCUCAUAUUAUUAUCAUUAUUACUAGUAUUAUUAUUAUUAAUAGAAUUAUUCUUAUUAGAUUUUGUUUUCAAGAAUACAAAUGUACCAUGUAUGUACGUGUGUAUAGGUAUUCAACAACUUUCUUGUAUAUUACAAUUGUUUAUCUGUUCAAUUAUGAUUGUUUUCUUUUCUCAUGUAUAAUUCAACUGUGAGGUGAAAUGUGUAUUGUAAAGAAGAUAAGCGUAAAAAUAGUCAAGUUCAAAGGCUCAUUUAUAUUGACAAGAGAAAAUAAUGUAAUUACUAUUAUUAUAAUUAUUCUCUAGGUAGGAUUUUUAUUGUCCAUUUAUGGUUAUUAUGACUACUAUUAUUUUUAAUUUUUUAGUAAGGUAUCUUUGUUCUUUUUUCUGCUCUGAAAUUAUCAGAAGUGCAAAGUAUAGUUUAACGAAUAACUGACCUGUUUAGUCGUAUUUUUCUCCUAAUUCAAUGAACAAUGUAUAUUAUUAUGUCAUCAAAAAUAUUUUUCUAUUAGUAUUAUUAUGUAAUAACCGGUCACUGUCCUCGUUGUUGUUGUUUUUGCUGUUGUUAUGAUUAACUCAGGCUUGUUUGUGUUUCGCACAUAUUAUGAUUGAUCUUAUAACUUUUUCUACUUCCACUCAAUAACUAUUAGUUCAAUUACAUUUUUUCCGACUUAACAUGUAGCUAUGAUUUUCUCUCUGUGUGUAUGUACGUUUUCCUUAGUAUACAGGAUAAGUUUAUUUUCGUCUCGAUUAGAUUUUGGUCUCAAAUCACUUAUUCCGGUUUGCUUAUUUACUUUGACUAUUCCAGAUGAUGACAACGCGUUUCGUUCUUUAUGUUUGUAUGUUUUAGGAAUAUAUAUUUGUCUCCCUGUCCCUCCUCCUUCUGCUUAUGUUUAUAGGAGUUUUUUGUGGCGCAUUGAAUUGUGCGAACACUUAUUCUUUUAUGAUUCGUUAAUUAAUUUUUUCCUAUGUACUUAGGAUUUAUAAAUGUAAUACGUAUAUUAGCUUUAAUUGUCAUUCAAACAACUGAUGAGCAAAUUUUUCUACAUACACAUAUAUUUAUUUACUGUAACGCCAUCUUCAUGUUUGUACGUGUUUUCUACAUCCUAUUCUCAUUUCUUUCCUUUUCAUUCAAUCAUCUUUGUUUAUCUAUUCACAGGAAACUGAUUCCUAAUGUUGUCCUAUUUUAAAUUCUUUUGGCAGCUACCUGUUCUUUUAUGUGUAUAUGAUACGACCAUAUUUGUGUGUGCAUACACACACGUACAACACUUUUGAUAUCUGUAAGACUAAUGUUUCCUUUUUGAGAUGUUAUCCCUCUAUGUUUGCUUAUCGAGGAAGUUUUGUGCGUAUGUAUGUAUGUUUGUACUCGUUCCAUCUCAAUUACCCUUUACAUUUUAUACUUUUUUCAAUAUAGUGAUAGUAACAAUUUUUUGUAAAAGAUGUUUCCAUCUACUUUUUUAUACUCAAACGUAUAUAUACAUAUAUAUGUUUAGUUAUUAAGAAGGGUGCUUGAUGCACUGUAUAGGCUUUUCCUAUUUCAAAAUAAAAAUUUCUUCUAAUUAUUU